GUCCCCCUGUAUUCAUUAAAAAACCUGUGGACCAAAUUGGUGUGUCGGGAGGGGUUGCCUCCUUUGUAUGCCAAGCAACUGGAGACCCAAAGCCACGGGUCACCUGGAACAAGAAAGGGAAGAAAGUGAACUCUCAGAGAUUUGAGACAAUUGAAUUUGAUGAAAGUGCAGGUGCUGUUUUGAGGAUCCAGCCCCUCCGGACUCCCCGGGAUGAGAACAUUUAUGAGUGUGUUGCUCAAAACCCUCAUGGAGAGGUCACCGUCCAUGCCAAGCUCACCGUCCUCCGAGAGGACCAGUUACCUCCUGGCUUCCCAAACAUUGAUAUGGGGCCCCAGCUGAAAGUGGUGGAGCGGACACGAACAGCCACAAUGCUCUGUGCAGCCAGUGGGAACCCAGACCCAGAGAUCACUUGGUUUAAAGAUUUCCUGCCUGUCGACCCCAGCGCGAGCAAUGGGAGAAUAAAACAACUGAGAUCAGGUGGCCUGCAGAUUGAAAGCAGUGAGGAGACAGACCAGGGGAAGUACGAAUGUGUCGCCAGCAACAGUGCCGGAGUGCGCUACUCCUCCCCUGCUAACCUUUACGUGAGAG